GCAGUUUUCCUUUAACACAACCCAGCCUUAGGGGACCGCUGUCUCUGGCUUUGGCAACUCACCCAGCAACAACUAAGCCCCACGGCCUCCUGGGAAAUGUAGUCCAGGACUUCUCCAGGGGGUGGAUGGACGCGGCCAGGUAAACAGCGUCCUCUAGGCACCAACUGGGGGCGUGCCUGGCCACAGUACCUGGAAGGCUGCUCCGAAUGCCACUUUGGCCUGGGAGUGCGCAGAUGCUCUCCACUCAGGGUCCUGCAGAGCGUGUCCGGAAGCCAGAAAAACGAACCCGAAUGUGGCACCUGAACGCUGGAGGAAUCCGCAAGGCCAGUCUUAUGAGAGCGCCCCAAGGAGGCCCCGAGGGACUGUUUCUACAGAAAGGAAUCUGGAAGAAGAUUGGUUGACUCCUGAAAUUUUAAGUCAUGGCCAGUCAGCUGGUGAUGUUCAGGGAUGUAGCUGUAGACCUCUCCCAGGAGGAGUGGGACUACCUGGAUUUGAAAGAGAGAGAUUUGUACAGAGAUGUGAUGUUGGAGAACUACAGCAACCUAGUCUCCCUGGGGUUUUGCAUUUAUCAGCCAGAUGUGUUUUCUUUACUGGAGAAGGGGAAAGAGCCCUGGAUGGCCUUGAAGGAUGAGACAAGACACCCUUACCCAGACAUGCAGUCAAGGUGUCAGACCAAGAAGUUAUCACAAGAAAAUACCGUUUUUGAGAGAGAAUUAUCUCAAUGGGAUACAACGAAAAUCUGUAAAAAACACAGUCUUGAACGUUUAUGUUUUAGAGGUAAUUGGGAAAGCAAUGGUCAGUUUGAAAUGCAAUGGAAAAAUCAGGAAGAAUGUUUCAAGCAUAUUAUACUCACCUGUGAAAAAAUGUCCACUUUUAACCAGAACUUGGCUUUUAAUCUACAUCAGAUACUUAAUACAGGAAAGAAACCAAGUGACUUUAAAGAAUGUGGGAAAGCCUUUUGUUCUGGAUCAGACUGUUUUCAACAUCAAUCAAUUCACACUGAUGAGAAAUUUUCUGAAGGU